ACACUGAUACACAUGUAAAAUCCGGAUGACAUGUUUAAAAUAUGCGUGUUAUAUUUAUAUGUUUACUUCUCAAGUUUUCCACUGUGAAUUUUUCAUUAGGAUACGAUGAUAUAUCAGCAUUUAAAGCAACAAAACAACAAGGUCGUCAAAUAACGGAUGUGGCAGAAAAUGCUGUAGACAGAUCUUUAUCUACCUGUUCUUCUACUGAUGCCACUACUCCAGCUUGGUGGUACGUGGAUCUCGGAAAAGUCAAAAGUAUCUAUGACGUAGAGGUUUACUUCAGACUUUAUAAUGAGAUUUAUAAACAACGACAGAGAGAACGUAUGCAUGGAUACAAACUCUACAUCUCUAACAGUACAGAUUUCAGUCUGCUACAAAAGGCUUACCUGUGUUUCAGUCAUACAGGGCCGGAGUUACCCGAUCUUAACGUAACUCAUGCAUGUGUUUCUUUUGGACGAUAUGUAAUCUUCUACAACGAAAGAGAUGAAGGUGUGACGUAUCCAAACGGGGUCAAUCCAAUACAAAGAUACAUACAGCUUUGUGAGGUUGUUGUACAAGGUUGUGACAACGGCACUGUUUAUGGAAGUUUCUGUAAUAAGACCUGUCCUACAAACUGUCAGGAGAGAAGGUGUUACAUAACCAACGGUACCUGUGCUGGAUGUAAAGAUGGUUGGAUCGGAGAAAAGUGCUUAGAUGCCUGUCCAGCUGGUAAAUACGGCGCCGAAUGCAAGAAUACAUGUGCAGACCAUUGUGGAAAUAAUACUUCAUGUAAUCACGUGACUGGUUAUUGUGAAGGUUGUUUAUCUGGAUGGAUGGGAGAUGAUUGCAAUGAAAAAUGCAGUGAUGGAACGUAUGGUAUUAUGUGUAACGAAACGUGCCGUGGACAUUGUAUGGACAAUCAAACCUGUCACCAUGUCAACGGUCACUGUACUCAGGGUUGUCAGGCAGGAUAUAAAGGAGAGAAAUGUGAUUCCAAGUGUGACCAAGGAAACUUCGGCAAAAAUUGUUUGCAGAACUGUUCUUUAAAUUGCGUCGAUAAUUGCGAUAAAAUAAAUGGACAUUGCAAAUGCAACAAAGGAUGGAGGGGGGAAAAUUGUUCCGAAGCAUGUUCCUCUGGACAGUUUGGUCACAAUUGUGAAGAAAUCUGCAACUGUCUGAAUAACGAGCAGUGUAACAUUAUAAAUGGGAGUUGUCCUAGUGGUUGUCAAGAAAAUUAUGAGGGUCAUAUGUGUCAGAAAAUAAAAGGAUCCGCAGUGAAAACAUCUGAGACAAACCAAGAAAAUGCUACAUAUGGUGCUAUCGGUGGUGUUGUAGCAGUAGUUGUUAUGGUCGUGGUAGUUGUGGUGGUAUUCAUAUGGAGACGAAAAGCGAGAUCCGUAACAAAGAAAAAUGGGACGUGGAGU